AAUAGUCUCUUGAAGCAGUAAGAUCGCGAUUAAACGUUUAUUUCAUAUUAAAUCUGUAGUUGCCUUAUAAAAUAGGAUAUCCGAAAGAACAUGAUAUUCAUAAAGCUAUUAUUAAGUAGUAGUUUAAUAUAUAUGACAACAAUGACAAUAACGAAUCCUACUAAUGAUGAAAAAUCGGAUGUCGUGUGGCGCAAUGAAUUGAACAACAAUUUGUCAGACACUAUAUUGCCAUUACAUUAUUUAAUACGAGUUGUAUUUCACACUGAUUGGCCUUAUCUUCUCAUUAUAUGUGAAAUUACUAUUCAUAUUAUGUUUGCAACACAACACAUAAAUUUUUAUUUACCGAAUUCGAAUUGGACUGUAAUUAAAAUGGGCUUAACACAAAUAUGUAAUGAAAAGGACUAUAAAAUUAAAUUACAAAUAUAUUAUGGAAAAAACAAUGUUGUCAUGUUUGACUUUUACGAUGUUUUGUUACCUGGUAUAUAUCUUUUGAAAAUUGAUUUGGCUAAUGAUAAUUUUACAACAAACGCUUUGGAAAAUUUUAUAAAGGGAAGAGAAGAUAUAUUGUUAAUGACACAUAUCCAAACAAAAAAACAGCAAAUAUUUCCGUAUUGGAACAACCCAGAAUUGAGAAUUCGUUUUGAUAUUUCCAUAAAGCAUGAUCGAUAUUAUACAGUUUUGUCAAAUAUGCCGAUACAAAUAUCUAACCCGGCGGUCAAUAAUACGAUGUUGACAUAUUUUCACACGACUCCUUUGAUGUCCUUAGAUAGUAUAGCAUUAAUAGUAAUUGAUUAUCAUCGGAUCAGUAAUGUGGCUAACAAUAAAACUGUUAACAUGUUGUACAGACCGCAAUUGAAAUCACAAGUGGAAUUUUCGCUGUAUAUUAUUCAAAAUAUUACUAGGUACUUACAAAAUUCGAUGAGUGUCUUAAAAACUUAUGUCUCAUUUGAAAAGAAAGUGGAUCAUGUAGUAAUCUUCAAUUUAGAAGAUGAAGUUAAACAGACAUUGGGAUUUGUUUUUUACAGAGAAGCAGAUAUCGUUUACGAUGAAAAUUUAGAUCCUAUCGCAUGCAAAAUAAGAAUUGCGCACUUAAUAGCACGUGCGAUGGCACAAAAAUAUAUGAGCAAUCUGUUCAGUCCAUCUUAUUGGUUUGAUGAAUGGUUAAACGAAGGCUUUAAAAUAUAUAUGGAAACAUAUAUCAUCGAGAAGGUUCUGCCAAAUUUCCGAAUGAUGGAUUUGUUUGUAGUUCAAGUUCAACAUGAAUUAUUCCAUCUAAACACUUAUGUCGUUAUAAAUUCUGUUAUGGAUUAUUGUAGCUAUUCCGAAAAGUACUUAUAUUCUUCUUUUUCCUAUGUCAAAGGUUCCAUUAUAUGGCGCAUGUUAGAAUUAACAUUGUCGUCUGAUAUAUUUUCAAAAGGUAUCGACAUAUAUUUAAAUAAUCGAUUCAGUGAGCCUGAAGCAACAACUUCCAGUCAUUUAUGGAAUGCUAUGCAAUCUGUAAUGAACGCAUUAAAUUACAAGUUAGAGUUUAAUAUAAAAACCAUGAUAGAUUCAUGGGCUACCCAGAGGUAUCCUUUCGAAUUGAAAAUGAAACGAAAUUCUAAAAACGGUAUAAUUAUAGAUAUACAAUUUUACAAAUUGAAAGAGAAAGAUUAUUAUAUACCUUUUACUUAUACCACGGAGUCAGAACUCUAUUUUAAUAUAACUUGGACAGAUAUUAUUUGGAUAACAUCAUGGCAGAUUCCAGACAUUAUACAUCUUGAAAAAGAUGAAUGGAUUAUUUUCAAUUUACAACAAAUUGGGUACUAUCGCGUCUAUUAUGAUACUGAGAAUUGGCGAAAAAUUGGGCGAUACUUGAAUUCUAAAGAAUAUGAGAAUAUACAUGUUCUCAAUCGAGCACAAAUUAUCGAUGAUGCAUUCCAUUUUGCGGUAGAGAAGGAACUUGAAUUCUCAGUAUUUUGGGAAAUUGCUAAAUAUUUGUCAAAGGAAAGAGAUUACAUAGCAUGGUAUCCUAUGAUCAAAGCUUUUGAAUUUAUGUCGAAUAUUUUGGUAUUCUCGUGCUAUUACCCUCAAUUCCAGGAAGUGCUAAAACAAAUGGAAUUUUUAUCAUUGUGGAAUCUGUUUGGAGAACAUAAUGAUUAUACUGAAUGUUUAAAGCAAGAAGUUGCAAAGUGGAGAUGUAUUACGGAGGAUCUUUCAUGUAAAACACUGGCCUAUAAUCAGUUGCAAAAGCAUCUGAUAAAUCUUGAAAAAAACAAAUUGUCGCCUGGAUGGAAGAGGUGGACAUACUGUAAUGGUUUGAAAAUCGCAGAUAAUAAUAUAUGGAAUCGUGUUUUUAAUAAUCAAUUAAUUGAAAAAAUUGAUCCUAUAAUUUUAGAAUGUCUAUCUUAUGUUGAAAAUUCUGAAAUACGAAUGCUUUAUUUGCGGACACAAGUGUUUGACUUUAAAGUAGCUAUUCAUUAUGAACCAACAGAGCGAGAUUACGCCUUAAAUGUACCUAUUUUGCUUUUUACUCUUGCGAGAAAUACAAGGAAAUGUACACUACUUGAAGAUAUAUCUACUAUAUUAAAUAAUUUCAAAUCCAUUGUACAGGGGAGGAGAGUCAAUAAGAUUGCAGCAUUAAUUGUCAUAAUUAACAAUGUGUAUUCUAUGGAUCAGUUGGACGAGUGUUUCAGAGUCGAUGUUAUAAAUUCUUAUAGUAAGUAAAGAAGUUAAAAUUAAGCAUUUUUUAAUAAUAAAUUUAGAUUCACAAAUUCAUAAUUUCAACGCGACAGUCUAGAAAUGAUACUUCCAUACAGUCUAGGGCCUUGAUAAAUCUUCGAUAAAGUCAUGAUUCAAUAGAAACAUAAUCCGGCUUUUAAUUUCUGCCAUUCAUGCAACAAUGAAUUAGAAUAGUCAUUUUG